GUGAUGGAGCAGUGUGUGGCUGGUCUGUACCAGUCUUUAGGUCGUUCUCUUGGAGGACAGCUUUCUCCUCAGGAAGUGUGUGUUCUGUUCCACAAGGUGUUCCAUCUACACACCGGCUUGGAGGAUGCACACACAGCUAUAAAGAAGGUUGCAGGGGAUGAUGGGAGUUGGUCCUGCAGUGAUGGAAAGGUUUUAGAAGUUCUCCUUGAGAUGGAAAGAGAGAGAGAAAGGAGAGACGAGAUCUACUGGGACCUUCAGUUGCUCAACACAGGAAAACUCAGAGACCUGUACCACACAGACACACACACACACACCACAGACACACAUACAAGAGACACGCACACCAUACACCUCAACCAAGACCUGUACCACACCACCAGUCAAGCGCAGUACGACAGAGACACACAGAACAUACCCACAGAGAAAGAAAAGGGAAAGGAGAGAAAAGAGGGAGGAGUGUGUGGGUGGAGACUGAGGAGAGCAGUUAGACAGCGCUGGGCCAGACUGGUGCAGGAGGGUGUGUGUGGAGCCCUGCCGUCUUUAAGUGGUGGUCGGGGGUCAGGGGUGAGAAGUCAGGCAUUGGGGUGUGUCUCUCUGUCAGAGCUACUCCUACUGGUAGGAGUGAAGUAUGAUGCCGUCACACACAUACUCUUCACAGAGAUGCUGCAGGAACACCAUGGGCUGGUUGCCUGGAAGGCACUGUUGCCAUGGGAGCGUGAGGAGAGGGAGGCGGAGCUAGGUUUGCUAUGGGAGGAGACUCAGGAGUCAGAUGACAGGCUGAGUCUGUCUGACCUACCUGGAGCCUUCAGGAUAUACAGGUGCAGUGAGGGUGUGUCCCUGAGGGGCUGUCCUGAUUGGGUGAAACCCAGGGAGCAGUCUUGGUCGGCCAUCUCUCUCCUCACUGAAAUACACACCAGCCUUGAGCACGAGACAAACACUCUCACUGCCCUGGCCAAGAGACUGGACAGGGAAACCCUGCAGUUGAUGGGUCUGUAUGCCAGCCUGGCCACCAUCAGAGCUCAGAGGGAGACACUGUCCCAUGGUGCACUGCUGGCAGCCAGACAGGACUGGGAGACAUGGCCCAGGAUUAUAGGGUCCUGCAAAAGAGAUCAGGCCCAGCUCUGGCUGCAGGAGAAGGAGGAGGAGGAGGAGGAGGAGGAAGAAGAGGAAUCCUCUGUCUUUCAACAACAGGUGGUGCUGAGGUGUCUGGUACUGAAUCAGGAGUGGGAGAGAAAGUGUCUGCUGAGGCUGCUGCACGGGGACUCCCCAGACAAGCUACAGGGACCAGGAGAGCAGAAGUCACCUAUAGAGGGUGUUGUGUUAGCAGAGUGGGUCCAGCAAAGGGAGGAGGCGCUGAGAGCGGGGUGUAUGAGCAGGCUGAGACACACACACACCUUCCUGCUGACUCAGGCCCAAACACAUGCCCAGCUCCAGUCCUGUCUUCAGCCCCAAACCCUGCCAGCACAGGGCCCUGCCCAGCCCCAGCCCCAGUCCCAAACCCAAUCCUCCCUCCAGCACCAGUCCCAGUGGGGAGGCUGUGCUCUGGUCCUGCUGGUUGAGCUGAUGGAUCUUCAGGAGGCCCAGGUCUCUGCAGUGCUGUCAACUCUACUGGACAGGGGUGAACAGUGCCUGCUGUCCCUGAUAGAAGAGUAUGAGUCUGAACUCAGAGAGCUUCGUCUCUCCUGCUUGCUCACACUCCUCACCUCUAACCCCUGCCUGGCCUCGGACCCCAACACACUACUGACUGUUGUUGACCCCUGCCUGGGGCCUUCUGACUCAAUCUCAGUCCAGAACAUCUCCUCGGCCUCCCCGCCCACAGACCUGACCAGAGGUGACCCAGAAUACCAACACACAGGGGACCUCUGCACAGGCUGUGGGACGGCCCUGGCCCCGGAGGACCUGCCCUAUCUGGAGAUCCUGUGUGUUUCAGACACCAUCCACUCCCUCGACACACACCACACACCCUCUGCCUCCAAUGGAUUAUCUGCAGAGCGAGAGGUGUGUGAGGGACGAGAGGCGAGGGAGGGCAGCCACAGAAAGACUCCUCAGAGCUAUGAGAAGCAGGGUUCUCUCAUCACUCUGGCCUGGAGCAAACCACCGGAUGGAGACACUGAGCAGCAGACAGGAACAGUCAUGUCUACUGCAACAGAGCAACAAGAGGAAGUGGGUGAGGUGAGUGUGCACUGUGACACACACAACACCCCCGGAUACACACCCUAUGACGCACCUGGACACAUACACUACAACGACACAACCAGAGACACAGACCAGGUGAAGGUGUUGGACUCGUCUCUGUUCCAGUACAGCUCUGAGGUUGAACAGCUCUUACCGCCUACAGACCAACACCCCAUCACGGGCCAGAAGGAGUUGGUGAUGGAGCAGUCAGAGAAGACAGAAACACUUUCUAAUGUGCCCACACACACCCCUAUCACACACACUGAGGAGCCUCCAACAUGGGGCAGAGCCCAGCAGGAGGCUGAGAAAAGGCGCGGAAGUCCACCUGUCGAUGAGGAACACACUGAUGACCUCACUGCUUUGGGAGCCAAUGGAAGUGCUUACCCGCACUCUUUGGGAGGGGAGAGGGAGGACAUGACAGAGCUCUGGGCCCUGAGUAGACCUGCACCCCUUACAUCAGCCCAGGAGACCCUCAACAUCCCACACACUACUCUAGAGGGAGACAGAUCAAUGGAGGGAGAGAAAACAAUGGGGAGUGUGAUGGAGAGAGAGAGGACAUUGGAGCCAGUCUCUAUGAUGGAGAGAGAGAAAACAAUGCGCAGCUUGGUGGAUCUGCAGAGGAAGGUGGAGCAGAAACAACAGCGAGACAGAGAGAGACAAUUACUGAGGGUCCAGGAGCGGCUGUCAAUCAUUCAGAACAAGAAGUCCCAGGAAGACCUGAUGGGCCUCAGACAGACUGACAGACUCCGGCACCUCACACAUAACCUGCCCCAGGCGGAUAAGAGCCAGCAGAAGACAGUGGUCAGAGAAAGACUGGAGCAGCUGAGGAGAGAACGCUCCUAUGUCAUGCAGUCCAAACGAGACAGGAAUACAGCAGGCUUCAAGGAGCUGCUGGGUCCAGUGAGACUCCACAGUGCAGAGACAGACGACACUGCUGACUCACUCAGGCUAGCCACCAGCGCAAGCUAAUUAUGCUAUUCCUACACAGCUGUCUCACUAGAAAUCUGCUGGUAUUUGCUGGUUAAAGUCCCACCCCAGCUGAUCCCCCCUCAAUCUGUCAGUCACUACACUACUACCCACCCUGUUUACAAGCCACAUUAGCCAUUUCUGGCUUCUUCUGUCAUUGGCUUAUACUGUAGCCUGAUAAGUGGAUGAACACAAAAACAGAGCUGAUGGU